GCUGUGCAGAGCUGCUCGACCAGGUGUUGCGACGGCAGCAGGUCGCUCACGAAGUUGGGCGCUUCGCUGGGCUCGAGAUGUCCAGUCGGCUUUGUGCCUUAUCGCGGUUUCACGGGGCCAACUUGCGCAGCUCGCUCGCGCUGCUGCGUCAGGACGCCCGGCCUGAGCUCUACGUUUUCGGUGGUCAAACUAGCCGUCAAACUCUCGCCUCGGUCGAGCGCUUCGACUGGGACUCCAGCACCUGGGAAUCCCUGCCGCCCAUGCCCACGGCGAGGAGCUUCUGCUGCGCCGCAGCCCUGGGCGGCAAACUCUUCGUCUUCGGUGGCGAGAGAGACCAACGUGCAGCUUUCGCGGCUGCCGAGUGCUUCGACCCCGUCAGUGGCGACUGGGAGCGGCUGCCACCUCUCCCAACGCCUAGGGCCGGGUGCUGCGCCGCUGCGGCGGCCAAGCGGCUCAUGGUUUGCGGCGGCCUUGUCAUGGCCUGGCAAGUCCUGGACGUGGCUGAGGGCUACGAUCCCGAUACCCGAAAAUGGCAGAGAUAUCCACCGAUGCCGACUCCUCGAUGCGGGUGUGCUGCUGCCGGCUUUGCCGACCGGGUGCUUGUUUGCGGUGGCCAGCUUGCAGAUGGGACGGUCUUGGACAAGGUCGAGAUGCUGUCGGUGCCCACAGAGAGCUGGGAGUGCCUGGCAGCACUGCCAUCUGCAAGGAGCGGCUGCAGUGCGGCAGUGGUUGCAGGAACCUUGCUUGUCGUUGGUGGACUCGGCGGGAGUGGGCUCACAAUCCCAGUUGUGGACCGCUUCGACCUGGAGGCCAGGGAGUGGACCUCACCUCUCUCCGUCACGCUUGCACGGGCUGGUGCUGCCCUGUGCGUCGUUGGGCACACCAUCCAUUUGCUCGGAGGCUUCGAUGGCAACCGACAAGAUUGUGACCACCACGAUGCCCUGGAUCUGCGAACAAGCACCGUUUGUGCACUUCGGCCGCUGCCGGCCCCGAGGAGGUUGUGCUGCGGUGCUGCCGUGGACAACCUCUUCGGUGAUUGGGCCUGCAUGAGGACUGUGAUUCGCGAAGGCGAAGGUUGGGGCUGCCUCAUGGAGGACUGCGAGGUGGAGAUCUCCAUCCGGGCAGAGGCAGAGGAUGGACGAACGCUUGAAGAGCUGCGGCAGGUGCCGUACAAUCUCGGCUCGGGAAAUCCACAAGUGUUUUUCCACUGCAUGAUGUUCGUCACGGCAAGCGGCAGCAAUGUGCGAGUCUUGCUCGCCCGAUCCGCGCUUCCAACUUUGGCCCAGACCGCUGCGACUUCAUUUUGCGAGGAUUGA